CUUAAACAUCAAGAAGUCUCUCUACAAAAAAAAUUCUCAUAUCUAAAGAAAACUCUCAAUAGAAAACAAAUAAACAACAAUCAAGAAUCUAAAUGGGAAGAGAUCAAGAAGGAAGCCCUCCAGUUCCCUUACAUCUCUGCGUCUUCGUCCUGAUCCUAUUAAUGUUCGUAACGAUCUCAUGGUACGCGAGCUACGAACCAGUCAUAGAAGGAUUUACGGAUCAGUUCAAGCUCGCUCUCAUGGCUUCUCCUCUGCUUUUGCUCUUGGCCGUCCAUUUUCUAUCCAACGAUAGAGGAGUAGGAGGGAUGAUGACGUCUUUGAUCCAUCUGAACGAAAGAGAGUCUUUGUAUAGAGCUGGAGGAACACCAUGGGGAGUCGCCUUCAUGCUUGUCUUUCUCUUCUUCAUGGUUUCUUAUCAAUCUCAAUUUCAAGAACGUUGGUUUCCUCUUCGACAAUGAAACGACAUCAUUUUUUGGUUCUUCUACUAUUCUUGACUUUCUCUUUGGGUUUAGUAUAAUGAAUUCAUGGUGUAUGUUGA